AUGACUGCAUUGCAUUCUAUCGCCCAUGAGCUACCGAGUUUGGCCCGGACGACGGCGAGGACGAUCUCAGUCCAGAUGCCCGAGUCGUUGAACGCCCUGAAGCAGCUAUGCCAGCAGAAAGUGGACCAAAAGGACUAUACCCGCGCCAAAUUCAUCAAGUCCAACAUACCAGUAUACGAUCUAUCUACAACCUCAACAACAGACACAGAGGCCGUCGCCGGGCUCCAAAACGAGUGGUAUAAUGCUCUUGGCACGGGCCCGGGCGUUGUAGUGCUCAAAAACUUUCUUCCCGACCAUGGACUCAUUCAAGAGGCCAAUGCCACCUUUGACAAAAUCAUCAAGAGCGAGGAAAAGUCGUCAAAGGGCGACCACUUUGCCGCUGCCGGAUCCAAUUCGCGCGUUUGGAACUCCUUUCAAAAGCACGCCGAGGCCGAUCCCUCGAGUUUCGUCCGCUACUAUGCCAAUCCGUGGCUGGCGCGGGUGAGCGAGGCCUGGCUCGGGCCAGCGUACCAGGUGACCGCCCAACUCAACGUUGUCAGGCCGGGCGGAAAGCCUCAAUCAGCACAUCGCGAUUAUCACCUAGGAUUCCAGACGGCGCAUUCUUGUGCUCGCUUUCCGCGAUCCAUACAAGUGGCUAGCCAGUAUCUAACCCUCCAAGGAGGCAUCGCUCACUCCGACGUGCCAUUGGACAGUGGACCUACCAGACUGCUACCGUUUUCGCAAUUGCUUCCAGAGGGAUACAUGGCUUGGCGACUCCCCGAAGUCACAGAGUACUUUAAUGAGAAUUGGGUGAGCCUGCCGAUGGAGGUGGGAGAUGCCGUCUUCUUCAAUCCAGCACUACUCCACGCCGCGGGAGAGAAUACAACCAAGACCGUUGAGCGCAGCGUCAACUUGCUCCAGAUCAGCAGCGCCUUUGGUCGAGCCAUGGAGACCGUAAAUGGUCCGAAAAUGGUGCAGAGUUGCUGGGAAGAGUUGAAAAAGUUUGCUCAGAAAGAGGGCAGUGGCCAAGGCACGGAGGCGUGUAUCAAUGCAUUGGGAGAAGGAUACCCAUUCCCGUCAAACUUGGAUCAGCGGCCACCCGGUCCGGACGGCAUGGCGCCCACCAGCGAGAUAGAUAUCUUGUGGGAGGGUCUGCAAGGCGGAUGGAGCACGGAGAAGGUAGUCACUGAGCUCGAUCGCAUCCGAGCCGACUCAGGGUCCUGA